UUAAAACGUAACAUGUAAAAAUGUUGUAAAUCUGUCCCUAAAAAUAUGGAUGAAGAUGAGAAUAUCAAAGUGAUUGGAGUGAUUCUUCGGUUGCCCGGUGUGUUUAUGUUGGAACUCCUGUACAUGGAAGCUCUUACCCUAAAAAACAUUAUUGGUUUCAAUGAUAUCCUAAAUAUUGAUUUCGUACUUUAUGUCAUAGCGUGGUUGCUUGUGGUUCUUCCCAUAAAAUUGUUGAUCAAAGUUUACAAAAAUUGCAUUGCUGCUGGAUGUCUGGUUGCAAGUCACUGUGUGUUUUAUAAAUUACUUAUUCAGUCACAAGUUAUUGUACACAUGGAUGAUUAUGGUAACCUAACACCUUCUCCAACUUGGAAUGGAUCAUGGUUGCUUCUUGUAACGAAUAGUAGAAAAAAUACCGAAACCUGCAUUACUACCAUUUUGCUACAAACUUCACUUGCUCUUCUUACAUACAAAUUAUGGGAUCGUAAACCACCUUUUGUUGGUGUCGUAAUGUGGCCGAUCUUAUCAUGGCUAACAGGAUAUUUCCAACCAAGUGUUUUGGUGGUUUUGUUACAAACUAUGUCAUAUUUUGCACUUGCGGGACUUUUAUUUUGUUUAUUUAACAGUUUGGUUAUCUUACGAAACCACCUCCGGCAGUUUUUAUUAAAAUGUCGAAUGGUAAUUACAAUAUUUGGAUGGCAAGCUAUGCUGACAUGGGCACGUGAAGAAUAUCAAAUUCAGCAUCUGCUUGUUACUUGCUGGUUGCUGCGAUAUUUUAUUCAAGCUUACACAAACAUUCAUCAACAACUCAACAUUAGUAACUUGAACACAGACUUGUUUAACCACAUCAAUGUUAAAGUGGUGAACUGGAAAAAUGCUCAUAUAGUAACAACAAUGUUUAUGGCAGCAGUUCAGUGCAUGACAACUACCAUCAACUUGUUUGGAUUUGUUUGCAUAGUGAAGGAGGUCAUCAAGCUGCAAUAUUUUAUAAUAAGGUCAUGGCUUCAUUGUUCAUUUCACAACCACCCACCAGAUCCAGUCAGCGACCCCUUAACUGGUACCAUUGAUGGAAUUACUUUUCUUAUAAUGUCCCUUUACACUGAUAUUCUUAACACAGACCUAGAAGGAAGAUUUCUUAUUUUAAUUUAUAUUUUAUUCACAAUUGCUUCAUCACAAUUUCAGAGUAUCUUCAAUAUAAUUGAUCCAAUUCUUAUGACAUUGGCGACUGCUCACAAUGGAACUUUUUGGAAACAUCUUCGCACUGUCAUGUUGGCAACUGUGUUGUUAUUCAUAUCUGGUGUUUUAUCAUAUAUCUCCUUUUUUACAAUGAGUUCAACAUUCUGGGUGUUCAUCAUUGCGUACAAUUAUGUGAACACUUUCUCAUUAAUGCUGGGCUCAAUGUCAAUUUACUUGGUUUUAAUGAUUGACUAUCACACACUGCGUGGAUGGCAGAGUUUGGAUGAUGUAAUGUUUUACAUACGAGGUGCAUGUAGAGCUGUAGAGUUUAUAGUUACGCUCUGUAUGUGUGGAUAUAUUAUGAUGACUUUCUACAUGGAAAUGACAAGUGCAGCAGGUAUUGUAAUGCUGGCUGCUUACACAUAUUACUGUAUUGUCCAACGGGGUGGAAAGGGUUGGAAGAUUUGGAUGAUGAGAAGACAAGCUUCUUGUAAAGUUCAAUCACUGCCAAGAGCAACCAAAGAAGAUCUUCGAAAUAAAAGUGAUUUAUGUCCAAUUUGUUACCAGAUGAUGGAGAGCGAAGUACGGGUCAUGCACUGCAAACAUUAUUUCCAUGAGAAUUGCCUUAAGAAGUGGUUCUACAUUCAAGAUAAAUGUCCGUUGUGCUACGCUCAGUUUCAAUCAGUUGCUUUCUAACUUAAAUAAGCAAUAAAACACCAUUAUUAUAAAGU